GCGUUAAGCCUGCUAAAAGCAGUUGAAAAUGGAAAAGAAUCCUUUUUCUCGACCUCCUUUCCAAGCUUAGAUCACGCGUUAGGUGGUGGAAUACCAUGUUCGUCUUUGACUGAAUUAGUAGGCCCGGCGAAUUCUGGUAAAACCCAACUAUGUCUCACUUUGUCUGUGCUCGCAACAUUGCCUACCAGUAUGAAUGGCCUAGGCGGUGGAGUGUGCUAUAUCGAUACUCAAGGAACUUUUGGAGCCGAUCGGUUAAUAGAGAUUGCACAGAAUAGAUUUUCUCAUAUGUUUGGUAUCGAAAAUAAGCAAUGGGAGUUAAAUUUAAAGAAUAUGACUGAUUCCAUUCACCUGAUGAAAGUUAAAUCAUCCAGUGACCUAAAGGAUAUAUUAGAAAAUCUUCAAGAAUUUAUUAUUAAAAAUAAUAUACGGUUAUUAAUAAUCGAUUCGUUCGGCGCGUUAAUAAGAACAGAAUUCUCUAUUCAGAAUCCGAGUAUCUAUAAUGGGAACGCAAAAAUGCUAGUUGAAAGAAGUCAUCUGAUAGUCAGAUUGGCCUCGAUGCUCAAAUUCCUGGCUGAAUCAUUUAACAUGCCAACAGUAGUCACAAACCAGACAAUAACAGUUUAUCAACAAAAAAAGACUGUUUAUGUACCACCAGAUAUAAAUGACAAUUGGAAUGAAUCCGACACCUUUGUAAAACCCGCGCUAGGAAAUACUUGGGCGCACUCGGUUAACACGCAAUUGUGGAUGGAUUUUUGUAACUACCAUCCUGUUGUUUUACGUAUUAAUCCAACCAUACCGAGAAACAUUCGGAAGGUCACCAUCACCAAAUCCCCAAUCGCCCCAGAUAAAACUUUUUAUUAUAGGAUAACGGCACAAGGGAUUGUGGGAUACAUAUCGUCAAUGGAUUCGAGAAAGCAAAGCGCCAAAUUUUACGACAAAACGUCGGAGGCAAUUGACGAUCAGGAUAUAUCCCCUAGUAAAAAGUUGAGAACGAAUGAGUGUGUCGAUCAGACCGAAACGGAAACG